AUGGACGCGAUUAAGAAGAAGAUGCAGGCGAUGAAGCUGGAGAAGGAUAAUGCCAUGGACAAGGCAGAUACCUGCGAACAGCAGGCCAGAGAUGCCAACCUCCGUGCCGAGAAGGUUAACGAGGAAGUCCGUGAACUCCAGAAGAAACUCGCUCAGGUGGAAGAGGAUCUGAUCCUGAACAAGAACAAACUGGAACAGGCCAACAAAGACUUGGAAGAGAAGGAGAAGCAACUGGCCGCCACUGAGGCGGAAGUCGCCGCCCUCAACAGGAAGGUGCAACAAAUUGAAGAGGACCUUGAAAAGUCUGAGGAAAGGUCUGGCACAGCUCAGCAGAAGCUGCUUGAGGCCCAGCAGGCUGCUGAUGAGAACAACCGUAUGUGCAAAGUAUUGGAGAACAGGGCACAGCAAGACGAAGAGCGAAUGGACCAGCUCACCAAUCAGCUCAAAGAGGCACGUCUACUUGCUGAAGAUGCUGACGGCAAGUCUGAUGAGGUAUCACGCAAGUUGGCCUUCGUUGAAGACGAACUCGAAGUCGCUGAGGACCGAGUCAAGUCUGGUGACGCUAAGAUUUCCGAACUUGAGGAGGAAUUGAAGGUUGUAGGUAACUCCCUUAAAUCACUGGAAGUAUCGGAAGAGAAGGCAAACCAGCGUGUUGAAGAGUUUAAAAAACAGUUGAAAACUCUUACCAUCAAGCUGAAGGAGGCCGAGGCUCGCGCUGAGUACGCAGAAAAGACCGUCAAGAAACUCCAGAAGGAGGUUGACAGGCUCGAAGACGAGCUGGGUAUCAACAAGGACCGAUACAAGAGCUUGGCUGAUGAGAUGGACUCCACCUUCGCCGAGUUGGCUGGAUACUAG